AUGGGCCAGUUCCCCGUCCUGAACGCCUUUAGCGUGCUCGCAUAUGGUUUUGAGCUCCCGCUUGACGUGGAUCGUGAUGCCGUUGCCUCUGCUCUCCGGGCCAGCUUCGACAAAUUAGUCGAGCAGAUUCCUUUUCUCGGUUAUCAGGUUGACACGCGCGAGUCGGACGGUGUACGUAAGGCGACCCCAUGGCCCCAGGACGUGGCACGGGAAGGUGUGCGCAUCAGAAUCUGCGAUGACGGCCUUCCCUCCAUGCAGCAGCUCCUCGUGGACAAGGUACCUGUCAGCAAGCUAGACGGCAAGCUGCUGUGUCCGUGGCCGGCCUUCCCGUUUCCGCACGGUAUCAAGGGCCCCGUCCCGAUUGUCCAUCUCCAGGCCAGCUUUAUACGCGGCGGUCUCAUCCUCAACCUCAGCGCGCAUCACACCUUCAUGGAUGGCACGGCCGACUUUCAAUUCCUCAAGCUGCUCGCCAUUGUGCUCAAUGGCGGCAAAAUCCCGGCCGCCGAUCUGGAGCAGGCGAACCGCCCCCGGGAUCGGGUCGUGUCGUUGAUCCCACAUGGCGAGCCCGUCAAGGACUACUCCUGCCUAUAUCCGCCGCCGGGCUGGAAGUUCACGAUGCCCACGAGCUGGCCAAAGUGGUGCUACUUCCUGAUGCCUGAGGACUCUCUCUCCAACCUCGCCGAGACGGUCCGCGCCGACGCCGGGCUACUAUCCAGCAGCGACCCUAGUGACCCCAAGCAGCGGCUUUCCAAGGACGACGUCCUCAGCGCCUUCUUGUGGAAGCGCCUCUGUGGCCUGCGCAUCGCACGAGGCAUGCCAGCCGAGACCAUGUCUAAGCUCUCGCGCGCCAUCAACGCCCGUAACCCCCUCGGCAUCCCCUCAUCUUAUCUGGGCGCCCACGUCGCGCCGUGCAUCGUACGCCUGCCAAUGGGCCGAGUCGAUGAGAUGAGUGUGGCUCAGGUCGCCCGCUUCCUGCGCGAGGAGCUGGUCGAGGCCACCACAGCGUGGGCCAUCCGCAGCUUGGCCACCACUGUCGCACGAGAGCCGCCCGCAGGCCGCGCCCGUCUGCUGUACACGGGAACCCACAACGCAGCGACAGACAUAGGCUGCACCAACGUGUCGAGGGCGUUGGUUCCUAAGGGGCCGUGGGGGUCUCUGGGGCCAUGCCGCUGGUAUCGCCGCCCGGAUGCCGCUCCCAUCCCAGGCAGUCUCCGCCUCCAAGAGGCUGAGGAUGGCGUCCACCCUAUCGCCUUCUGUUUGCCCGAGGAGGACUUGGCGGCAUUAAAAGAGGAUGAGCAGUGGAACCGGUACGCGACCUAUAUUGGUUAA